AUGCUGCAGAGCAAGUCAUUCGUGAAGAAGACGAAGCAAGGCCGCAUCCAAAAGGUCGUCAGGGAGCACUACCUCCGCGACGACGUCUACUGCGGCUUCGUCCCCUGCUCCUCCUGCGAUGCCGCCGCGGAGCGCAAACUCGCCGCCGCCGCUGCCGCCAUCCUCGUCGUCGACACCAACGUCGUGCUGCACCAGAUCGAUUUGCUGGAGAAUCCCGCGAUUGAGGAUGUCGUCCUGCUGUCAGUGGUGCUGGACGAGGUGAAGAAUAAGAACCUUUCGGUUUUCAACAGGAUCAAGGCACUGUGUACCAACAAAGCACGGAGGUUCUAUGUUUUCGCCAACGAGCAGCAUAGGGAUACUUAUGUCAAAGACAUGGUUGGGGAGAGCUCUAAUGAUCGUAAUGACAGAGCAAUUCGUGUUGCUGCUCGUUGGUACCAAAGCCAUCUUGGUGAGAGCGUGAAGGUUCUACUGAUUACAAAUGACAGAGAUAACAAAAGGAAAGCUAUUGAAGAAGGCCUUAACACUGAGACAGUUGAGUCAUAUGUAAGAUCGCUUGCGCAGCCUGGUUUGCUUGAUUUGGUGGUUGUUCCAUCUAGUGGAGAUGUUACCAUGGAAGAUGUAGAAGACCAUAGACCAUCCAAGAAGAAAGUAAUCUAUAAUGAGCACAAACCAAUGUCAGAAAUUACAACUGGUUUGCGGUGUGGAAUCUAUCAUCAAGGGAAGCUUCGAGUUAAUCGUUACAAUCCAUUUGAAGCUUAUGUUGGGAGCGAGAGCAUUGGCGACGAGAUUGUUAUCUGUGGCCGCUCAAAUAUGAACAGGGCCUUUGAUGGUGAUAUAGUUGCUGUUGAGCUCUUGCCACAAGAUCAAUGGCAUGAGUCGAAGUCUUUUAUAGCAGAUGAUGAUGAAGAAGAAGAAGAUGUUCAUCUGGUCCCCAAUAGUGCUGAUGAUGCUCCUCGGAACACCAAUUCCACACAAUCAACAGUUGGAUUGUCAGCUCCUUCUGUCUCUAGUCGUCCAGUUGGACGUGUUGUUGGUAUAAUCAAGCGAAAUUGGAAUUCGUACUGUGGGUCCUUGGAGCCGAUGCCUAUGCCUGCUGGUAGUGGGGGCGUUGCUCAUGCUUUAUUUGUUUCAAAAGAUCGAAGAGUUCCUAAGAUCCGAAUUCAAACCAGGCAGCUUGAGAAUCUCGUGAACAAAAGAAUUGUUGUUGCGGUUGAUUCAUGGGAUUUUUUGUCUCGAUAUCCAUCAGGACACUAUGUUCGCACCAUUGGAGAUAUUGGUGACAAAGAAACUGAAACAGAGGUUGUCUUAAUAGAGAAUGAUAUCAACACCAGGCCUUUCUCUACUCAAGUCCUUGCUUGUUUGCCACCUUUACCUUGGACAUUAUCACCAGAGGAUCUGGCUAAUCCUAAUAGACAAGACUUGCGCCAAGUGAGAGUCUUUAGUGUGGACCCACCAGGUUGUCGAGACAUUGAUGAUGCACUACAUUGCACGCUACUUCCAAAUGGGAAUUUUGAAGUUGGAGUCCAUAUCGCUGAUGUCACUAAUUUUGUUCACCCUGGUACCCCUCUUGAUGAGGAAGCUGCGCAGAGGGGCACUUCUGUUUAUCUUGUUGGGCAGCGGAUUGAUAUGCUUCCGAAGCCCCUGACUGAAGAUGUUUGUUCACUUCGUGCUGAUGUUGAAAGGUUGGCAUUCUCUGUCAUCUGGGAAAUGACUCCUGAUGCUGAUGUCAUAUCCACAAGAUAUACAAAGAGUGUUAUCAAAUCUUGUGCUGCAAUGUCUUAUGUCGAAGCCCAGGCAAGAAUGGAUGACAGCCGUUUAGUUGAUCCACUUACUGUAGACUUGCGGAACUUAAAUUCAUUGGCAAAGAUCAUGCGACAACGACGUUGUGAAAGAGGGGCUCUGACUCUUGCUUCUGCAGAAGUAAAAUUUGAGAUUGAUAGUGAAACUCAUGAUCCUCUUGACAUAGGAAUUUAUCAAAUCCGCGAGGCAAAUCAAAUGAUUGAAGAGUUUAUGUUGGCUGCGAAUGUUUCUGUUGCUGAGAAGAUUUUGAAGCACUUCCCCUUAUGUUCAUUGCUAAGGCGCCAUCCUAGCCCAACAAAAGAGAUGCUUGAGCCAUUACUCCGUACCGCCUCUUCUGUUGGCCUCAAUCUGGAUGUAUCAUCCUCAAAGGCAUUAGCUGAAUCACUUGACAACGCAAAGAGCAAUGACCCAUACUUCAACAAGCUUAUUAGAAUUUUGGCGACUAGAUGCAUGACACAGGCAGUUUAUUUCUGCAGUGGAGAUUUGACCUUUUCUGAGUAUUACCAUUACGGGCUUGCAACUUCUCUUUACACUCAUUUCACUUCUCCCAUUCGCAGAUAUGCAGAUGUUGUUGUUCAUAGACUGCUAGCUGCAGCCCUAGGUAUUGCAAAGCUCCCACCAAUCUUUCAGGAUGGUCCACAACUUACAGGAAUCGCAGACAACCUGAAUUACAGACAUCGAAAUGCCCAGAUGGCAAGCAGAGCAUCAGUGGAACUCCACACCCACAUAUAUUUCAAGACAAGGCCAACUGACACUGAAGCUAGGAUAGUAAAGAUCAAGGCAAAUGGUUUCAUAGUCUUUGUCCCAAAGUUCGGCAUAGAAGGGCCCAUCUACCUAACUCCGAAGGGAGGCAAAGGUGGUGAUUGGGUAGUUGACGAGGUGCACCAGAGAGUAACCAAGCCCGGAACAAACAUCAGCUAUGCUGUCCUCCAGACAGUUAGGAUUCAUAUGGAAGUAGUAGAACCUCAGCCUCAUCGCCCAAAGCUGCAACUCACCCUCAUAUGA